GACCCAUCUCCCCCUCUGCUCCAAAUAUCUCUCUGAAUAAGCAUCAUCAUGGUUGAGAACGGAAACUAUACACUCAGGGCCUCUCCCGUCGCCGGGGUCGGUGGCACGUACGCGACCUCGAACGGUACAUUUAAGAUCGUCACCACCGCGGCACAAGGGCCAUCAAGCUUUGGCCGUCAAACCUGGAAGAUUACUGCCGUCGAAGGCAAGAAAGACACGUACACAAUCGUCUUGUUACACGGGCACGACAUCUCCCUGGGUGGUAGUUGGUCUCUCAAGGAUAAUAAAGCUGUUCCACAUGGCCCAAUUAUUACCACUGAGGAGGUGAUUGAGUGGCAUAUCACCCCGACGAACAACGAGAUCCCCAACACCUAUUACAUUCAACCGAUUACGAAGGCAGUCGGUGCAUCGUAUUAUGUCGGAACUGACGAAGAUAAUCAAGUUGUCAUCAAUGUCAUUCCCGGCAUUCUCUUGCCCCCAGACAUCGAAGCCUACUGGCAAUUUCUCUGAAGGAGGAAUCAUAUAGUGUAUGCCGUCGUGAACACGAUAUAGUAGUGAUGGUUGGAAUGGUUUUAUGGAAUUUUAUCUGCUUCCUGUAAAGACGUCGAUUCUAGGUGUACUAUUACAAUUGCAAGUCAGCUGAAUCUUGG